UCCAAAAAGCGCGAGAAGCCAAUUCAAGGGCGCGGAAGGAGCGAGGAGUUUACGAGCCGCAUUGAAGGCAACACGCCUUACCACCAUCACAGCCAGUCUGUCAACCCCCCAGCAAGGUGUCGCUUCCAGGCAGCUAUCUGCUCGUUUUAUUACACCGUUUUUUGAUACAUAUUUCUGCUCGACAUCUUUUGGGACUUUGGUGCCAUGAAGGGAAUCAGGUUUUUCGUGAUUUUCUUGGUGCUUUCCGCGUCUGUGCUGUACCGUACCGAAGCGGCCAGGAGCAGGACCAGCAACCAGAACAGCUUCCGACGGGCAGCUAAUGGCAUCUACCAGACCCUGAGCAGCGUCUUUGGAGAGGACAACAUCAGAGGGUUAUACAAGUUUUUCUCCAAAACGACAGAGCGGUUUGUCCAUGGAGUGGACUCUUUUCUCGACACCAUCUGGAAGAUCUGGUCGGAUUUGCUGGAUGUGAUGGGCAUCGACUCUUCAAACCUCAGCCACUACUUCAGCCCCACAUCUCUCACCAACUCUCCAGCACGCGCCCUUCUCCUUGUCGCUGCUGUUCUCCUGGCCUACUGGUUCCUCUCCAUGUUCCUCGGGGGUUUCUUUUACCUGCUCCACGCUGUGUUCGGUCGCUUUUUCUGGCUGGCACGCGUCACACUCUUUGCCCUGUCCUGCCUCUACAUCCUGCAGAAGUUUGAGGGUGACCCUGAGCGGGCUGUCCUGCCACUGUGCUUCAUCAUGGCGGUGUACUUCAUGACGGGGCCGGUGGGAGCGUACUGGCGUCGGGGAGGAGGCGCAGGUUCGCUGGAAGAGAAAAUCGACCACCUGGACACUCAGAUCCGGCUGCUUAACAUCAGGCUGAGCCGUGUCAUAGACGGCCUGGAACGCACCGGCGACCAAUAGUUGGCAGCGAGGAUGAGGGGGAGGGAGGGGAUAAAGUACAACCAGCUGCAGUUGACGUCAGAAUUCUGUUUCCUUUAAACAUCUGCAGCAACACAACUACUGGGUUACCUAUUUAAAACUCUAUUGUAUUUGAAAAUAGUAUUUUAACUCCUUGAGCUGAUUUUAGUUACAGAAUAACUGAAAAUCCUCAGAGGUGUGGACAGUUGACUUGGCACUCAUGCAACUCAACCAAACAACAAUUUAUACUUUAUUUUUGUCUCAAGGCUUUUUGCGAGGUUUGUUGUCAGAGGGAUAGACAUCCAUGGUUUUCUAAAUGUUGGCAUAAUUCUACUCCUCGGCUACUUUUGAGAAAAGUUGGGGCUCGAAUUUUUGGCGUUUGGAUAAGCAUUGUCGAUGCUUGUGUUAAACAAAUACACAUAUUUGAUGUAUCUUUGUUUAUUUCUAUCCUUGUGAAUAACCUGGGGCUUAUGAUCCCUCCCUCCCCUUUUUGAAACUAUUGAAGUAGGAGCGGGAUUAGGUGUCUGAUGCAGGGGACAGCUACAAACAUUGUAUUUCUAAUAUGUAAAAAUCCUCAAGGUGUUGGAUAGUUGUUCAUAGUAAGAUUUAUUUAUUCCAUUGUCCAUCCAAAAUGUUAAAAUCAUGUAGCUCUUGAUUGUUUCUUGGAAGUCACCGUACCAUAGUGGCAAUAGUUUGACAUCAGGACCUCUUUUUCAUUGUGUGUGUUUGUGUUUGUGUGUAUGAGCAGAUGCAUCUGGGUGAGCUACUCCAAUGUGUGCGCGAAUGCAUUAUUGUUUGCGUGUGUGUUUCAAGCUUGUAAAAUGGAAAAGCACUGUAUUAAAAAGUCACCAUCAGACUAGGAGAAAAUGCAGACAGGCAGCAAUAUCUCAGGAACUCAACCAACACACAUAUAGAAUCGGAAAAGAGAUAUCAAGUAUAUUAAAAUCAUGUCUUGGUCUCUUUGAGUCACAGUUUUUCAGAUAUGGAUUGAAUUCCAUCUCUGUACGGUACAAUACUUACUGAUAAACAAGCGCACAGUUUGUUCUUGCAUCAUGUUGGAAUUGAAGUUUGAUUAAUGUGUCUAAGACCAAAUUGAGCUUUUUAUUCAUCGUUUUGAUACUUGUGUGGAAUUAUUGUGGGGAUUUGAACUGCAGCUAAUGGACUUGAAGCAUUUUUAAAUGUGUGAGUGCACAAACAAAUUAUCCACAACAGUGGAUAACAAGAAAAGUCACAUCACACUGGCUUAAAGUACAUCUUAAUACAUCUUUCUUUUUCUUUCUUUUCUUUUUUUAGUGAAAGUGUGAAAUCAACUUCUCAACUUGAUUACAGAUUAAAUUAGGUCUAGUGCCUUUGAGCUUUGAAGCUUGUACUGUAUAAUCUCAUUCGACCCUGCACCUGCAUUGGAAAAGACAAUAUUCUAAAUUGUUUCAUGUUAGUAUGAUUACAGCUCUUACCAGUAACUUAAUGAGAGAUCUACAACCAGCCUGAUUAAUAGAAACCGUGCUUCAAACACAUGCUUAGUGUGCAUCACUGUAGCCAACUCCAGUUUGUUAGUUUGAUAUGGCUUUUUAUAUCUGUAUUAUUUCUGCCAAUGUUUUUUUUAAUAUAUAUUUCUCAUCGUGAGCUGUCUUAACCGGCUGAGACUUUACCUGCCAUGCGCCUCUAUGUUUAUCUCAUCAUCUGGUCAUAUUCCUUGUUUUGUUUUUGUUUUUGUAAUUUCAAUUUUUACAAUCUGGACUCUGUAAACAUGUUUUUAUACAAAUGACCCUAAUGCUGUGCAUAUUUUGGGGAAAUAAAUGUUGCUUUCAGCGUCUCGUGAGGAAGAUUGAGUAAAGGAGGACACAAGUCAGUAAUGUUACACAAUUGUUGAAUUGAUCAGUAUUUACAGCAGUGACACUCUUCAGCAGCUAUGUGUGAAAUGCUUUUUGGGAUGCUUUUUUUUUUUGGUCCCCCUCCUUAAUGUUUCUCAGCGUAGUAAGGGUGCAGAUGUUGCCAUUUCAUGUAUUCUGGAUACAUAUAUUCUUAUUACAAUAGUAUUGCCUUACAUCUUAAUUUUGGAAUCAGGGGUUAGUCCCAGCAAAAUGCAACAAAAAUAAUACAGGUUGACUUAAUGUGUCUUAUUGUUUGAAAAUCUCUCAGUUUUAAAAGAUUUCCUCUGCAGUGAACCCUCCAUCUUAAGGUAGCCCAUAUAGCCAAAUCAGUCUGGGAUUUUCUUGCAUGCUAUGUUUUUAUGCCUAUAAACUGUGUUAUGUUAAAUUAUAUACAUGUUGUGGACUGCUUAGGUAGAGAACACUUCUGAAAUGUGACGUAAUGAUUAGAUUUGGGAUUUGUUUCAUUAUGAGUCUUAUUUUUUUUUCUGUACUAAUACAGUCGACAUUUGCACUGAUGACUGUACUGUAUAGACCAAAUCAUCACACUUACGUGGGCUGUUUUACAAUCUGAGACCAAACCAGACACAAACCUUUUGAAUCUCUCUCAUUCCAUCAUCAGCCUUUCAGUCUUAUGCCGUAAUCUCUGACAUUUUAGGCAAAUUUUAAAAUGCGAGAAGUGAAAAUUGUUUUCUUCUGUAAUUGGCUGCAUUAAGGCUGACUUGAAAGAGGGGCUUCAUGAUGGUGUGUUGUAAGUGUGUGGUUACAGUCAGUAGCCAGUGACUUGUCUAUGUGUGAUUUAUAAAGGUGUUAAUAGAAUUGUAAAAUUAAUGUAUGCCACUGAAGGAAAGUUUUAACCAGUUCUUCAACAGACUGGUGGUCUAACGUUGGAGUCAAGUUAUUUUAAGGGUUAGAUUUAUUUGUAUGGAAUUCAAACAGACGCAUGGUAUUGUAUCGUAGAUGCUUCAAGGUGUCAAAAGAGUCAGGAUUUUGAGGGGUACUUAUCAGGUCUUGUAUUUUUUACUAUGACUAUGAAAACUGUUAGAGAAGAAAGAACAGAAGUGAAAUUAGAGUUUUCUCACUGUUUUACUCAUAUUUUCAUCUCACAAAAAUGUCUGAAACAAAAACCAGCUUGAAAACACUCUAAAGGCACCAAAAAGGAGACUUGAACCGUCCUUUGAAAUAUGGACUGUAAACCUACUCGUGUACCACUUGACAUUACUACUUGGAUGUUUAAAGAUGCCAGUGAAUCUUUCUGUUAUUAUCUCUGAGUACUGGAUUGAAUGCUACAUUCAGAUUAUAUUUAUUUUGUCUGUUGAAUGGCUAGUAAUUCCAUGAAUUUAAUGUACUGUACCUAAUAUUCCAUGUAGCCUGCUUUUUUGUAACAUGCUGUGCCAAUAAUGUAUACUUUUCUUUAAUGAUUUGUAUCUUUUGAAUUAUGAGUAAUUUUUUUUUUUUUUGUAUCAUCUCAUCGAAAUAUUUUUAGACCAUUCUUUUAUUCGGAAUAUUUCAGUACUUCCGUGAUGUGGCAAGCACCAAACUGUUCUGCGUGCUGUCGUCUACUUUGUGUGUGAGUGCGUCUUUAACAAAACCUGCUAAAUGAUGGCUAAAUGAUUCUUGUGUUGUAUCAAAAGUGAAAAUGAGGUCCAGAUUUGAAUAAAUUAAAGCACCACAGUA